UACUCUACCGGCUGUCACCGGUCGUUGCUUCUUUCUUCUUCCGGUAUCUUCCUUUAUAACCCUGUUUUCCUCUCGUCUUCUUUCCCGCCUUCUCUCUCUCUCUCUUCUUUUUACAUUCUCCGAUCGUCUGAGUUCUCUCACCUCUCCGUCCUCCGUGUGAAAUCGGAAUGGUGCAACCGAACAAUGAUGGAGAAGGGAUCAGAAGAAGAUCCUGUGGUUGUGGAAAGGAAGAUUUUCUUCCAGAGCAGUCGUUUCAAAGUUGGGGAAAUUAUACAAAAGCACUCAAAGCGAUGCCGGUCCGGUUCAUGGACCGACUCACGGCCCGAUCGGCCGAGCACACCGAGCUCGUGGAGAUGAAGGCUCGAAGCGAGCACGAGAUGAAGAAGAAUCUCACGUGGUGGGAUCUCAUGUGGUUCGGCAUCGGCGCCGUCAUCGGCGCCGGAAUAUUUGUCCUCACCGGUCUCGAGACUAAAAAACACGCUGGCCCCGCCGUCGUCUUGUCUUACGUCGUCUCCGGCAUCUCCGCCAUGCUUUCCGUCUUCUGUUACACUGAGUUUGCCGUUGAGAUUCCGGCCGCUGGUGGAUCAUUUGCCUACCUAAGGGUAGAACUAGGAGACUUCGUGGCAUUUAUAGCCGGUGGCAACAUCCUCCUCGAAUAUGUUAUCGGCAGUGCCGCUGUAGCUCGUUCAUGGACGUCAUACUUUGCCACCCUCUGCAACCGUCAUCCGAAUGAUUUUCGCAUCCACAUCCCUGCUUUUGCUCAUGAUUACAACCAGCUCGACCCCAUCGCCGUCGUUGUCAUUAUCGUCAUUUGCAUCUUUGCAGUUAUGAGCACCAAAGGCUCCUCUCGUCUCAACUACAUUGCCUCCAUUUUGCACAUCAUCGUCAUCCUCUUCAUCAUCAUUGCUGGGCUGACCAAAGCCAACCCCAAAAAUUUCACUCCCUUUGCCCCCUUCGGAGCUCGCGGCAUCUUUGUAGCUUCUGCCGUCUUGUUCUUUGCAUACGUUGGAUUCGAUGCAGUUUCGACAUUAGCAGAGGAGACUAAGAACCCGGGGAAAGAUAUCCCCAUUGGUCUUGUGGGAUCCAUGGUGAUUACCACUGCCGCGUAUUGUGUUCUUGCAGUUACGCUCUGCCUUAUGCAACCAUACCAGCAAAUUGAUGAAGAUGCACCCUUUUCUAUGGCUUUUGAGGCCGUUGGAUGGAGCUGGGCUAAGUACAUUGUUGCUGCUGGUGCUAUUAAAGGCAUGACCACCGUGUUGUUGGUCAGUGCAGUUGGCCAGGCGCGAUAUCUCACACACAUUUCUAGGACUCACAUGGUGUCUCCUUGGUUCGCCAAAGUCAAUGAAAGAACUGGAACUCCAGUGAACGCCACAACAUCCAUGUUGGUUGCAACAGCAAUAAUUGCCUUCUUCACAACUCUAGAGAUUCUUUCAAACCUUCUCUCAAUCUCCACUCUCUUCAUCUUCAUGUUAGUAGCUGUAGGCCUCAUUGUCCGGCGCUACUACGUCAGUGGCGAAACAACGCCGUCGAACAGAAACAAGCUCAUAAUCUGUUUGAUUCUGAUAAUGGGAUCGUCAAUUGCAACUGCCGCAUACUGGGGCACGAGUGAUGAUUGGAUCGGCUUUGCAGUGACCGUUCCUAUAUGGUUUCUCUCAACUCUAGCCCUAUGGCUCGGCGUCCCACAGGCGAAAAAGCCACGCGUGUGGGGUGUGCCACUGGUCCCAUGGCUGCCUUCAAUAUCCAUUGCCAUUAACAUUUUCCUUCUUGGGUCCAUUGAUACAGCUUCAUUUGGAAGGUUUGGGAUAUGGACUGGGGUUCUGUUGGUUUACUAUUUAUUUUUUGGGUUGCAUGCUUCUUAUGACACUGCCAUGGAGUCCAAGACCCAAGCACUAGAAGAAACUAAUAGCAGUGUGUGAAGAAUGGGGGAGGAUUUGAUUGGGAUGAUGAUGAUGCAGAAAUUGGAAUUUUAUUGGAUUUAGGAAAGGGAUCUUCUCAUGGUUGGUUAGUAGUGGAAAGAGUUAUAUUGUAUUUGAAUUAAUUAUUUGUUUUAGAUUAUUGAUGUUGUUGAUUAAGAGAUUUUGUGGUUAGCCACAAAAUCUAUUUGUAAAUGUGUCUUUAUUGUUUUCGUAUGAAAAGUGGUAGUUUGUCAUAGAAGUAAGAAAUUCUUUUUACUUUGUAUGCAUUUUAUUGUACUUGUAAUGGAAUUUUAUUUUUA